UCAGAUUCGAUCUGACCAAAUGUAACGCGACCACCUCUCUCCUUUUGAUUCAUCUCAUCUCAUCUCAGCGAAAAGGAAAACUUCGUUUCUUUAAUCUUUAGAUCAUUUGUGGUAAUUCAAACAUUUUCAGAUCGUAAUUGGGUAGUUGUUUCUCUGAUUUUUGUUAUCUGCUCUUCGCUUUGCAUGAUAUUUGGUUUAUUUUAAUAGAUAUUCGUGUGGGAUUUUUCGGCUCAUUUAGAUUUCCACUCAUCUUACAAAAAAGUUCAUAUCUUGAACAUUUGGAUGUGUUUGAAUGUCUUUAAUACCAAUAUGGUGAAUUCCCCUUCUUCUGAUGCGUUUGCUUCUUUCUCGGUGUGAGAAAUGCUGCUUGAAUUCGAGUUCAAUUGAUGUUUCUUUUGGGUGGUGUUGGGAAAAAUUGGUGGACGCCAGCUGUUUGCUUAAAUUUCUGAUUAAUUCCGUCUUCUAGAUAUCGGGAUCACACUUUAACAUGGCUAAAAUGAGUGUUAUUUGAUGGAUUUAAGCAAUUCAUUUAUUUGAUUUCAUUUUCUUGUGUAGUUUUGGUGAUUCCUUCAUUUUGCAGGGUUUGUGUCUCCUCUUACUGCAUUAAAAGAGGGCUUCAGAGGCCCUAGCAGCGAGCCAAUAUGGAAUAUGAGAGCAAUAAUUCCACUUGGGAUGGGGUAUGCUACUACCCACAUCUAUUUGGUGGCAUUAUGCUAACAGCUGCAUUGCUUGGUUUAUCGACGAGUUAUUUUGGUGGUAUAAUGGGGUUUCCUACUUUGCCAUAUAUGUUACCUUACUUAAGAAAUCUACAGAAGAAAAAAGGAGGAAAGAAACGGAUUAGGGUUUACAUGGAUGGGUGUUUUGAUCUCAUGCAUUAUGGGCAUGCUAAUGCUUUGAGGCAAGCUAAAGCUUUGGGUGAUGAGUUGGUGGUCGGACUUGUAAGUGAUGAGGAAAUCGUAACGAACAAGGGCCCGCCUGUUUUAUCUAUGGAAGAGAGGCUGGCUCUCGUUAGUGGAUUGAAGUGGGUGGAUGAAGUCAUUGCUAAUGCACCGUAUGCCAUUACUGAAGAUUUUAUGAACCGUCUCUUUAAUGAGCAUAAGAUUGAUUAUAUUAUACAUGGUGAUGAUCCUUGCCUACUUCCUGAUGGAAGUGAUGCAUAUGCCCUCGCAAAGAAAGUUGGUCGCUACAAGCAGAUCAAACGCACGGAGGGCGUCUCCAGCACAGACAUUGUAGGAAGAAUACUGGCUUCAAUGGACGAUAAGGAAGUAUGUCAAGUUCCAAAGGAAUCAUCACAGAAUGGAAAACCUGUUGAAAUGAACAAAAGUGUGGAAAAUCUAUUAAAAUCUAAACAUGCUUCUAAUUUUCUGCCUACAUCAAGGAGAAUUGUGCAAUUUUCAAAUGCCAAGGGGCCUGGACCAAAUGCACGUGUGGUGUACAUUGAUGGAGCAUUUGAUCUUUUUCAUGCUGGGCAUGUCGAGAUUUUGAAGAGUGCUCGACAACUUGGGGAUUUUCUUCUUGUGGGUAUUUAUACCGAUCAAAUUGUGAGCGAACAGCGUGGGGCUCAUUUCCCCCUUAUGCAUCUGCAUGAACGCAGUCUUGGUGUUUUGGCCUGUCGGUAUGUGGAUGAAGUCAUCAUCGGUGCUCCUUGGGAGAUCACAAAGGACAUGAUUACAACUUUCGACAUCUCAUUGGUUGUGCACGGAACAGUUUCCGAGAGCAAGUCCUCUCUCAACGGCGAGCUAGAUCCAUAUUCAGUCCCUAAAAGCAUGGGUAUCUUCAGAAUGCUCGAGAGUCCAAAAAACAUCACCACCACCUCCGUAGCUCAACGAAUAAAGGCUAAUCAUGAAAUCUAUGAGAAGCGGAAUGCGAAGAAGGAAGCUAGCGAGAAGAAGUUUUACGAAGGGAGAAAAUAUAUAUCGGGAGAUUAAAAGGAGGGAGGGAUUAGGGUUUGGUCCAUCAUGGUUUUAGAUUGGAGAUGGAUGCCAACAUUGUGAUCAGCCUAUACUUUGAUGUAGAAGAAAAAGAAAAGAAAAGAAAGUAGCUCUAGUCAGAAUGUUUUGGUGCAGCCUUCUUUGAUGAUGAUACCUUUUUGUUUUGUAAUUUUUAUUGUAAAAACCUCAACAAAUUCAAAUUCAGACAUAGAUUCAGUGAGUAAGAUGGUAGUGAUCAUAUAUAUAUAUAUAUAUAUGAACACAUCACUAAUCACCUUUCAUCUUUUUUUUCUUCUGUAAAUCAGUUUUGUGUUUCUUUUCUUACUAUGAGAUGUAAAUUCAGCACUUAAAAAGUACAGUUAUCUUCAAUCAUUCUUGA